GUGGGUCCCCAGGGAUCUGGGAGCCAGGAUGAGGCAGUUUAAGCCGGUGGUGGGGGAGAUCUGGGUUCAGAUCCCGGCUCCAGCUCUUUGUGCGUGACCUGUGUGCUCCUGGCCUCCUUGGGCUUCUCUGAAAAUGGAGACAGAAACAUUCUGUGGGGUGUUCAGAGAAGGAGACACAGUGAUGCCUGGCAGCCCUGAGCCCAGGCCCAUCUUGGCCUGGCCGCUGCGGCACGGAGCCUGGGGCACCUGGAGGCUGGGUCCUGGGGUAGGGCACGGGGUCGGGGGGCUGGACUCCCCGUGUUAAUUGUUAUACCAGGUCCAGAGUCUGAUCUCCGGGUCUGGACCAGCCCCGCCCCUAGGCCCGCCUGCCACUAUAUCAGGGGCUGGGCAGGGCCUCACCCAGCUGACCUUGACUGUGCACCGCUGCUGGCUCUUCCAUGACCAUGGAGACCCUGGAGACCCUUCUCCUGCUCAGCGCCCUGCUCCUGUCACCUGCAGAGGCUCAGCGGGCCUCGCAGGAUCGCCCGAAGCCCUGGCUGGUGGGCCUGGCUGCCGUCGUGGGAUUCCUGUUUGUUGUCUUCAUCCUCAUGCUGGUCAACCGCGUCUGGUGCUCCGAAGCGAGAGCUGAGGACGAGGAGUCCGCAUUCAGAAUGGAGUCCAACCCGCAUCAGGACCUGAGUGAAGAAGGCGAGAGGAAGAGGCAAGGGGACAUAAAGGGCAAGAAGUCUGAGGAAGAAGGAGAGAGAAACCUGGGGCUGGAGCUGGAGGAGACAGAGGAGUCCGGAGGUAGAGGGAAAGUCGCGAACACAGCCAUGUGAAGCCUCGACACCGACUUCCUCCAGGCAGCCGCCCAGAGAUGCCCCUUUCACAUCGUGUAAGCGAUGAUCUGGACGUGAAGCCACCAGAAUAACUCCGUGCAGAGCCGAGAAUACCGCACGAAGAGGUGUGGACUUGCCCCGCCCCACAGGGAGUGGGGCAGGUGUGCCCUGUGUGCUGCGUCCGUGGGCUUUAUGCACCCUCCUUCCUGACUUGACUGCCUAGUGAUUCUUCUUGCACUAGGAGCGCGUUCUUGGUUGUGGAGAAACCCCCCCAGCCCUCACCAUCUCAUGGCUCCACCUACUUCUACCCACCGCCUGAUUUCUUUUCCCUCUCCCUGAUAUCUGUU